AUGAACGAUGAUGUCGCUGCCCUCGUUAUUGACAAUGGAUCCGGUAUGUGCAAGGCCGGUUUCGCUGGUGAUGAUGCACCAAGAGCUGUCUUCCCAUCCAUCGUCGGUCGUCCCCGUCACCAAGGUAUCAUGGUCGGGAUGGGCCAAAAGGAUUCUUACGUCGGAGAUGAAGCUCAAUCCAAGCGUGGUAUCCUUACCUUGAAGUACCCAAUUGAACACGGUAUUGUUACCAACUGGGACGACAUGGAAAAGAUCUGGCAUCACACUUUCUACAACGAAUUGCGUGUCGCUCCAGAAGAGCACCCAGUUUUGUUGACUGAAGCCCCACUUAACCCCAAGGCCAACAGAGAAAAGAUGACUCAAAUCAUGUUUGAGACAUUCAAUGCUCCAGCCUUCUACGUCGCCAUCCAAGCUGUAUUGUCCUUGUAUGCUUCUGGUCGUACCACUGGUAUCGUAUUGGACUCUGGUGAUGGUGUUACCCACACUGUACCAAUCUAUGAAGGUUACGCUCUUCCCCACGCCAUUCUCCGUCUGGACUUGGCUGGUCGUGACUUGACCGACUACUUGAUGAAGAUCCUCACUGAACGAGGCUACUCAUUCACCACCACUGCUGAACGUGAAAUCGUUCGUGACAUCAAGGAAAAGCUUUGCUACGUUGCUUUGGACUUUGAACAAGAAAUGACCACCGCUGCUCAAUCAUCUGCUUUGGAAAAGAGCUACGAAUUGCCUGACGGACAAGUCAUCACCAUCGGAAACGAACGAUUCCGUGCUCCUGAAGCUCUCUUCCAACCUUCCUUCUUGGGUUUGGAAGCUGCUGGUAUCCACGAAACUACCUACAACUCAAUCAUGAAGUGUGACGUCGAUAUCCGAAAGGACUUGUACGGAAACAUUGUCUUGUCUGGUGGUACCACCAUGUACCCUGGUAUUGCUGACCGCAUGCAACGAGAAAUUACCGCUCUUGCCCCAUCAUCCAUGAAGAUUAAGAUCGUCGCUCCCCCAGAAAGAAAAUACUCUGUCUGGAUCGGAGGUUCUAUCUUGGCUUCUCUAUCUACCUUCCAACAGAUGUGGAUCUCCAAACAAGAAUACGACGAAUCAGGCCCAUCCAUUGUCCACCGAAAAUGUUUCUAA